GCAGUCCCAGGCGUUGGCGGAGAGGCUGAUGCUCGUGAGGGACUUCCAGGAGUCGAGGACUCGGGAGUCGAUGUAGGUCAGCCGGUUGGAGUCCAGCUGCAGGGAUUUGAGAUGAGACUGGAAGGAAGGAGAAGGGAGACCCACUCAACAUUGCCAUUGACAAGAUGACCAAGAAAACACGAGACCUUCGGAGACAGCUCCGGAAGGCAGUGAUGGAUCACAUCUCAGACUCAUUCCUGGAGACCAACGUCCCUCUGCUGGUUCUCAUCGAGGCCGCCAAAAGCGGCAACGAGAAGGAAGUGAAGGAAUACGCUCAGGUCUUCCGUGAACACGCCAACAAGCUGGUGGAGGUUGCAAAUCUGGCCUGCUCAAUCUCCAAUAACGAGGAAGGUGUGAAGUUAGUGCGUAUGGCAGCCACACAGAUCGAUAGUCUGUGCCCACAGGUAAUUAACGCUGCACUGACAUUGGCUGCCAGGCCCCAGAGCAAAGUAGCCCAGGACAACAUGGACGUGUUCAAGGACCAGUGGGAGAAACAGGUGCGCGUUCUCACCGAGGCCGUCGACGACAUCACUUCAGUGGAUGAUUUCCUCUCUGUUUCAGAGAACCACAUCCUGGAGGAUGUGAACAAGUGUGUGAUUGCCCUGCAAGAGGGGGACGUGGACACGCUGGACCGGACCGCGGGCGCCAUCCGGGGCCGCGCAGCCAGAGUGAUCCACAUCAUCAACGCCGAGAUGGAGAACUACGAGACCGGCGUGUACACUGAGAAGGUGCUGGAAGCUACAAAACUGCUCUCUGAAACUGUGAUGCCGCGUUUCGCUGAGCAAGUGGAGGUGGCCAUCGAAGCCCUGAGCGCCAACGUGCCCCAGCCCUUCGAGGAGAACGAGUUCAUCGACGCCUCCCGCCUGGUCUACGACGGCGUCCGGGACAUCAGGAAAGCUGUCCUCAUGAUCAGGACCCCUGAGGAGCUGGAGGACGACUCAGACUUCGAGCAGGAGGAUUACGACGUGCGCAGCCGGACGAGCGUGCAGACGGAGGAUGACCAGCUCAUCGCCGGCCAGAGCGCGCGGGCUAUCAUGGCCCAGCUGCCCCAGGAGGAGAAGGCAAAGAUUGCUGAGCAGGUGGAGAUAUUCCACCAGGAGAAGAGCAAGCUGGAUGCAGAGGUGGCCAAGUGGGAUGACAGCGGCAAUGACAUCAUUGUGCUGGCCAAGCAGAUGUGCAUGAUCAUGAUGGAAAUGACAGAUUUCACCAGAGGGAAGGGCCCCCUGAAGAACACAUCUGAUGUCAUUAAUGCAGCCAAGAAGAUUGCAGAGGCAGGAUCCAGGAUGGACAAACUGGCGCGGGCAGUAGCUGAUCAGUGCCCAGACUCAGCCUGCAAGCAGGAUCUGCUGGCCUACCUGCAGCGCAUUGCCCUGUACUGCCACCAGCUCAAUAUCUGCAGCAAAGUGAAGGCAGAAGUUCAGAACCUGGGAGGAGAGCUCAUUGUGUCAGGGACUGGAGUUCAGAGCACUUUCACUACCUUUUAUGAGGUAGAGUGUGAUGUCAUAGAUGGGGGCAGGGCUAGUCAACUUUCCACCCACCCACCCACCUGUGCUGAGGGAGCUACGCUUGAGACGGGAAGCGGUGACUCCUCAACGCUGGACAGUGCCACUUCUCUCAUCCAGGCAGCUAAAAACCUGAUGAACGCUGUGGUCCUUACAGUGAAAGCAUCAUAUGUGGCUUCUACUAAAUACCAGAAGGUCUAUGGCACUGCUGCAGUGAACUCUCCAGUUGUAUCUUGGAAGAUGAAGGCCCCCGAGAAGAAACCUCUAGUAAAGAGAGAAAAACCAGAAGAAUAUCAGACAAGAGUGAGGAGAGGGUCCCAGAAGAAACAUAUUUCCCCUGUACAGGCCUUAAGUGAAUUUAAAGCUAUGGAUUCAUUCUAAACCACUGAGCUUUACCAGGAGGGUUUUAUAUUCUUUUUUGUAUGCGUACCUGCCGACUUGUGUGCGUCUGGCAUGGGGUGGGGGGGACAAAGUGACAAUUUGCAUGCGACCUGAGACUCUAUUCCAGUAAAUAACUCUCUGCAGUGCCCAAAAUUCAGGGCAUUGCCUUCUGAUGUUAAGUGGACUUAACUCCAAGCUUCCUUUUUAAACUAAAUUAUAGCAUUAAAUUGGCCAAAGAAUUUGCGUCACGGGGGUAUACGUGUGGAAUAAAUGAUAAAUUCAAGUCUAAACCCCGAAAUUUUUAUGCAUGCAAGAAACAUUAGGUUGGCAGGUAUAUUAAGUGAAAAAUAAAAAAAAAAAAAGGAAUUGUAAUGGUAGACCAUAAAGCUUGUAUUGCUUCUGUUGCAGUGCAAAAAUGUACUAGCCAAUAUGCUUCAAUGUGUGGCCCAAUAAUUAAAUGAUAUAACUUUUAAGUCAUCUUCAUUAUAGUAUGUGAAUUUUUAAAACAGAUUCAAACUAAUUCAUCUUAAAAAUGCUUCUUUUGAACCAGAUUUUGUUCUUUAUAUUCUAGUAGUGUUAUGACUGCUCACAUUUCAAUUAAUCCCAUUAAUAUGACCAGAGGUUUACUUUUGCCAAUUGAAUUCCUUAUGGUGGAGUAUGAAGCACAAUAUGGUGAUUGACAUUGCCUUUUAUAUUCUGAUUAUUAUUCUGAUUAUUAUUAUUAUUAUUAUAUUAGUAAUAGAAGACCUGGUGGUGGAAUGUUUAGAGACACGGAAACUGACAGUGUGAGAAUUUAGAGGCAAAUAUGUAGGUGUAGCUUGGAUUACAGGUAUCUGACAUACCAUUGUAACCACUAACUCAAUAAACUCAUUUAACCUUGGAAUCCUCAA